CUAGUACACGUCGACCUCUUUGAUGUUACUGAGGGUCAAAGUGAAGGCUGGACUAUGCCGCUUACUGCAAGUACUAGCCUCGCAUGGGUCUUGUACUACCACGACUAAGACACGGAUGGCUCAAGCUUUUAGGCGCAGUACCAAGCCCAUGGUACACUUCAAGACUGUCUCUCACUGCAAAAGGGGCUGCCUGUUUCCGGCGUAUCUAUCCGGACAGAUAGCGCUGUCGCUGGGAGCGCUGACAUACCUUUCGCUAAAUUCACGGGGACGCACAUCUGGACAUCAUGGCAAUGAUUCGAAAUAACUUAUGAUCCUUUGCUCUCCUUGGCAGGCAGGUGAAUAGAUCGCUGAAAUGUCCUAGCUAGA